GCACGGCGGGCCCGGGAGCGCGCGCGCGCGCGCGGGCCCGACCCGGCGCGCCGAGCGAGCCAGAGCAGGGACUCUGAUCCGUGUGGAGUGGGCUCUGACGGCUGCUGAAGCCCUUCUGCUUGCUGCUCAGGACAUCCUGGGAGGAUCAGAGCCGCGAGGGCUGUGGGAGAGGCAGAAUUCCCUUUGGGAUAAUUCCCUUUGGUGUGGGACAAGGCUGACACUCCUGGCGCGUUUCCCAGCCGGGUUUUACCCAGGGAGCAGGCAGCGCCGGGGGAGGGAUGGAGCGCCUGGCCUCCUUCAGCAGUGACCCUUUUGAUAAGCCCCCGUGCCGAGGCUGCUCCUCGUACCUGACGGAGCCCUACGUGAAGUGUGCUGAGUGUGGGCCCCCUCCCUUCCUGCUGUGCCUGCAGUGUUUCACCCGAGGAUUUGAGUACAAGAAGCAUCAAAGUGAUCACACUUAUGAGAUAAUGACAUCCGACUUCCCUGUCCUGGAUCCCAACUGGACAGCUCAGGAGGAGAUGUCUCUCCUGGAAGCUGUGAUGGACUGUGGAUUUGGGAACUGGCAGGACGUGGCCAACCAGAUGUGCACCAAAUCCAAGGAGGAGUGUGAGAAGCACUACAUGAAGCACUUCAUCAACAACCCCCUGUUUGCCUCCACCCUGCUGAACCUGAAGCAGGCAGAGGAGGCUCAGCACCACGAGACAGCCAUUCCCUUCCACUCUGCUGAUGAUCCCCCACGGCCCACCUUUGACUCCCUGCUCUCCAGGGACAUGGCUGGGUACAUGCCAGCCAGAGCUGACUUUGUUGAGGAGUUUGACAACUAUGCUGAGUGGGAUUUGAGAGAUAUUGAUUUUGUAGAAGAUGAUUCAGACAUUUUGCACGCUCUGAAGAUUGCAGUUGUAGAUAUCUAUCAUUCCAGGUUAAAGGAAAGGCAGAGACGGAAAAAAAUUAUAAGAGAUCAUGGCCUGAUCAACCUCAGAAAAUUUCAGAUGCUGGAAAGGCGCUACCCCAAGGAGGUGCAGGAGCUCUACGAGACCAUGAGGAGGUUCGCCCGCAUCCUGGGGCCCCUGGAGCACGACAAGUUCAUCGAGAGCCACGCAUUGGAAUUUGAGCUGCGCAGGGAAAUAAAGAGACUCCAGGAAUACAGAGCAGCAGGAAUCACCAAUUUCUGCAGUGCCAGGACCUACGAGCACCUGAAGAAGAGCCGGGACGAGGAGCGGCUGAAGCGCACGAUGCUCUCGGAGGUGCUGCAGUACAUCCAGGACAGCAGCGCCUGCCAGCAGUGGCUCAGCCGCCAGGCAGACAUUGAUUCUGGCCUGACUCCCACGGUACCAGUUCCUUCAACUACAGGCAGACGGAGUGCCCCUCCUCUGAACCUCACGGGCCUGCCAGGCACUGAGAAGCUCAACGAGAAGGAGAAGGAGCUCUGUCAGAUGGUGAGGCUGGUCCCUGGAGCCUAUUUGGAAUAUAAAGCUGCUCUGGUGAACGAGUGCAACAAACAGGGAGGCCUGAGACUGGCGCAGGCUCGAGCCCUCAUCAAGAUUGAUGUGAACAAAACCAGGAAAAUCUAUGACUUCCUGAUCAGAGAAGGGUACAUCACAAAGGCCUGAGGACAGGCAGCAGAGCUUGGCUGGAGCAGGCAGAUGUGGAGAGGCUUUGAAGUCGGUUUGACAGCGCUGAAAGAUUUCACCAGUGUCGAAUGAAGGACAUUUCCUUUUGUUUAAAACAUUUCGGGGCUCUUUUUUUUUUUUGCCUUUUUUAAUUUUUUUUUUAUUUUGUAAAAACAAGUAGGGAGCUUUGUUAAAUUGCAUGAAUGCUGACAUUUGUCUGGGUUCCUUUUGACUCUGCUGCUGUCAGGAUUGCUCUGCCUCGCAGCGCUGGGAAGGAUCACGUGCAGUAUAAGCUGAUCUUAAACGUGAAUGGGCAUUCAUUCCUCACACCUCCUGUGGCUGCAGACAGGGGCACGGUACCUCUGUGCUGAUGGUGACAAAGAAUAAGGGCACAGUCACACUUUUUGCAGUACAGGGUAUAGAAAUGCAGUCCCUCCCUCCUCGUGUUCCUUCCUAAAUCAGCAGCAGCUUCCAGAGGCGACAGCACGUGCCCGAGGGUGUAAAAAUAGAGUUUGCAGUGGUCCAGUCUUUUUAACUUAAUUGUGAUAAAGGAUGGCAAAGGACAUGGCGGGGAAGCUCCUCAGCAGUUGUUACUUUUAUGUGGUAUUAGCACAUAUCCCAGCAGGAGGGCUCUGCACAAACCAAGGAGCUUCAGCUGCUCCCCACCAUGAUUUGGGGGUGUCAGGUUAAAUAUAAUCCCUCAAUUUCAGGCUGCUGCUCAUGGGGAAGGCUGGAAGCUACAGCUGCUGCAGCUUCUGGGAACAGGGAUAAAAAGGUUCUCGGGACUCUGUUCUCCCACAAAAAACGGAGUGAAGAGCACGAAGCUCCUGUCUGUGGGGUUUUGUUCCCUCAGCCUUGCCAGUGACACACCUGAGGAGGUGCCACAAGGCACAGCCCCCAUCCCUUCAGCUGAUCCAGGAGCUUCAGCACCAAACGCUGGGAUUUGGCAAUCAGCUGGAAGAUGAAGAUGGUUCUCUGCAGGUGCAGCUUGUGUGUUUAUUGAACAGUAAAAUUGUCAGACAGCUUCCUGCUGAGGUGUAAUGCUGGAAUAAUGUCCCACAGGAAAGCCGGGAGCCAAAGCAGGUGAGGUGUUGGAUGCUCCCAAGUUUGGGAUCUCAUGGAAGAGCCUAACUGAGCUACAGCUGCACCAGCACCUAUCUAAGGUGUUGAGGUUCAGGUUGUUUGUUCCCCAAGAGUAAUUAAUUGGUGGACAUGAGGUGCCAUUGAAUGUGAAGUAUUUUGGUUUGUAAUAAAAUCAAAAUGACUCGAAACAAUCUCACAUCCACGUCCCAGGACUCAGAGUGAGGCUGUAAAGGUCACACAGCUGCCUGGAUCUAUAUCCAUCAGCUCCUCACCAGGAGAGAGGAGAUGAACACCCAGCAGUGGCUGUAGGGAUGCAGCCACCGCAUUUCCUAGCAAAUAUUACUAUUUAAAGAAAAGCAGCAGUAAUAAGCAACACAUUGAAGAUUAAAGUCUAGAAAUUGAGACUGGGGUUGCCGAGGGAAAUGGCACAGUAAGCUAUAAAAGCUUGAGAAUGUUUCUCCCACUUGUCUUUGAACAUUAAACAGCCAAACUGC